UGGACAAAAUGAGUGGCAGAGGCAAAACCGGUGGUAAAGCGAGAGCUAAGGCGAAGACUCGGUCAUCCAGGGCUGGACUUCAGUUCCCCGUGGGCCGUGUACACAGGCUACUGCGUAAAGGCAACUAUGCCCAGCGUGUCGGCGCCGGAGCACCGGUUUACUUAGCUGCUGUGCUCGAGUAUCUCACGGCUGAGAUCUUGGAGUUGGCCGGCAACGCUGCUCGUGACAACAAGAAGACCCGUAUCAUUCCCCGCCAUCUGCAGCUGGCUGUGCGUAACGACGAGGAGUUGAACAAACUGCUCGGCGGAGUGACAAUCGCUCAGGGUGGUGUGCUGCCUAACAUCCAAGCUGUACUGCUGCCCAAGAAGACUGAGAAGUCAAAGUAAACAUACUCCUAAG